AAAACACAAAUUUAUGAGAGUUAGGGUAAAAAAAGUGCAGUUUAGUACUUUAGUCCAACAAAAAAAGAUUGAAAACAACAAACUCACACAAGCACCACCGCGACUCCGCCAGAAUUCACGUCUUGGUGGCCGUCAAUAGUAGCAGCCUCGUAAAGUCGUAUCGCAGGCUUCACCGACUAAAGCAUAGGAGAAAUAUAGCAGCUAAAAAAGUGUGAUUGAUGAUGUUAGGUGCUGCUACAAUAACAAGAUCUCUUUCCCGUUUUCACUUCAAUUACCAUUCUCCUCCUCUUCUAACAACCACAUGGUUACGGGAUUUUUCAACAGAGUCAUUUCUUGACAAAGAGAGUGUUAUGAGCGAAGUCUUGAAAGAAUUUCGUGCCACCAUUGAAAAUGCUCCAGCAUCCCGUGCUGGAGUCUAUUAUGCAUAUAUUGAUAGGAUGUGCAAGUUUGGAAACCUUUCAGCUGCAACUCAAAUGCUACAAAUUUUAAAUGAUAAGAACAUUGUCAUUUCCCGUAAUUUGUAUAAUCUCAUAUUAGUGGAAGCAAUUCAAAAGAAUGACAUUGACCUUUCAUGUCAAGUGCUCAAGAAAUUAUUAUUGUCGGGUGAAUCCCCGAGUGCAACUUUGUGCAUUAAGUUUGCUCAGGCUUUCAGAAAAGUAAUCCAUUUGUUGGAGCUCCUUAAAUUUUUUAAAGAAAUAGUAUCAGAAACAAGUUGUUCAAGUAUAUCAUCAUUCAUAAACAAGAUGGUUUUUGCCUUUGCCAAAAGCGGACAGAAGGAUAGGGCCUUGAUGAUAUUUGAGCAUCUUAAAAGACAGAACGAUAGAUGUUUUGACUUAACCACAUAUAAUAUUGUUCUAUAUAUCUUAGGUGGUACGGGCCGUGUGGAUGAAAUGCUUGAUGUGUUUGCAUCUUUGAAAGAAGCAGGUUUUGUUCCGGAUACUAUUUCUUACAAUACUCUAAUAAAUGGAUUGCGAAAGGUUGGAAGAUUUGAUAUGUGCUUUGAAUAUUUUAAGGAAAUGAAGGAGAAUGGAAAUGAACCGGAUUUGCUUACAUAUACCUCUUUAAUUGAUGUUUUCGGCCGAGCAGGAAAUAUCAAGGAAUCAUUGAAAUUCUUCAGGGAGAUGAAGCUUAAGGGGAUUUUUCCUUCAAUUCAAAUCUACAGAUCACUAAUCCAUAAUUUAAAUAAAAUAGAGAAGAUUGAGUUGGCAACAGAACUUUUAGAAGAGAUGAAUUCAUCAUCAACUUGUCUAGCUGGUCCUAGUGAUUUCAAGACAUUCAAGACAAAAAGAAGGCUAAGAAAGAGUUAAAGAUAGAAUGGAAUGCACUGACACCUCUUUGUUGCAAUGUGAUGUUGAUCUCAUGAGUGGCUGCCAUAGUUGAUGUUAGAUACAUGCAACUGGAGAGCAUACUAAAUUCAAUUUUGUCAUUAAUUUGUUAAGGCAUAUGCCCUUCAAUUUUGUCAUGAAAAGACAGUACAAUUUGUGUAAUUUUUUAUAGGGUCAUGCUAAACAGUGCCUCAGGGUACUUGUUAAGCAUACCAAAAGAGAAAAUAAAAAAUAAAAUUAAU